AUGUUAUCUGAAUCAACUUUUGAAGUGAAAAUAUUUAAUAAAGAUGAAAUUGAUUUAUUGUUUGAAUAUAUAACUUCAGAUGUUAACGAAAUUCAUCUAUUUGCUUCAAAUCUUCUAGGUAAUACGUUUGUCCAAUCCAUUCAUGAUUAUCCACCAAUAAAAUCAAUUUAUAUACUUUGUAAAGAUCAACAAUAUACAAAUUAUUCAAAUAUAUUAACAAAAUUACAAGGUAUUUUUGAUGAUGUAAAUGUGAUGUGGCAACAAUUUCAAUAUGAUCGUAAUAAACUUUAUACUUAUUAUGAUUUCAAACGAAGUACAUUUAAAAAUAUCGACUCAGCAAGUGUUGAAAGUGUUUGGUGGAUAGUUUUUGAUAAGAUUCUACAACAUAUUAAACAUACAGACAUCGCCAAGGAUGAAUUUAUUGAAUUUUGCCGAAAUUCUGUCGGAGAUCGCGAACGCGAGUCCAGAGAGAUACAAGAACUGGAUCUCAUAUCACAAUUAAGAAUCCUCCAAUCAGAUAUACGUGACAUCGAUGAUCAUUCUCGCCUGGUGUAUCAUGCUCUAUCGAUGCCAAUAAAAGAGAUCCAAAAACUAAAAUCUAAUAUUGGUAACUCAUUGAGAUGCAAUUCAUUUCUAUCGACUUCUUUAAAUCGCGAGGCUGUAAUGAUGUUUGUCGAAUAUUCAGGAGAUAAUCCCAAUAUAGGAGGUAUACUAUUGACAAUUGAAUUAGACUCCAACUAUAUUAAUAAUAAUGCAACACCUUUGGGAAAUAUUUCUCGGCACAGUAUUAUUCCGGAGGAAGAGGAAUUUUUACUAUCAAUGAAUUCAGCACUAUUUAUUGAAUCUGUUGAACUAAAUGAAAAUAAUUUUUGGGAUAUCCAUUUAAAAUAUACAGAUAAUCUAUGGGAUGUUGAGUUUGAUGAAAGAACACAAUUGAAAGAAAUCGAUGAUUUCGAAAGAAACUACCGGCCUGAAGAAGCUAUUAGAUGGUUUUCAAAAGAUAAUUUUCUCUAUCGUUUAUUGAAUAAAUCACUUCGUAUUGAAAUUAUUGAUGAUAUUGUUAAAAUGAGAUAUUUUAUUAAUGAUUUACAUAAUCAAUUAGCUGAAUUACAAUUAUCUUUUAUUGAAUCAUUAAAUGGAGAAAAAGAAAUUAUUUUAUACCGAGGUUUACUAAUGAAUUUCGCUCAACUUGAUGAAUUAAGAGAAAACUUUGACGGUUUAAUUUCAAUGAAUAGUUUUGUAUCAGCAACACAAAAUGAAAAUGUAGCGAUUAUAUUUUCUGGUAAUGGAGAACAAAUAGGUUCAGAUGAAGUAUCAGUCAUCUAUGAAAUGUUAAUUAAUACUGAUAUUCGAUCAACACCAUAUGCAAAAAUUCAAGGUGUCAUGCUUCACGAACAGGAAGUUUUAUUUUCAAUGGGAUCAACAUUUCGUAUUGGAGAAAUUGAUGAAAUACGUUCACGAGUGUAUCGAGUGAAAUUAACAAUGAUACAUAAAGAAGAUGAGUUAUGGAAUAAAUUAACAGCACAUCUAGACUCUUAG